GAUCCGUUUGCUUUUGUGUGCAAAUGCAUCACCGGAGCUCUGCUACCUAUUUGAGAUGGAUGAAAUCACUAACAGUCCUCUCUAUUCUUUCUGGGAUCGCUUUUGGCUACUUCGCCUCAUUGCUAUCACCUACUGAUGCAUGCCGCUCACUGCUCAGCAACGGGUUUAUAAAUUCCGAUGGGAUGUGGUACCCAUCUGAUUGCAUGAUUAGAAACUACCAUCCAAACGAUAUCCUCAGUUGUGCUAGGGUUCUUCCUAGCACAAUUUUUUUCAUCGGCGAUUCAAAUCUUCUGCCAAUUUUUCGUAGCGUCGCUUUAGCUUCUUACGAGGGCGAAUUUUCUGAGCAGCUUGGGACAGAGGAGAUGGACACCAGCCCUAUCGAAUAUGUGCAGGGCCCGCUGCGUUUAUGUUUCUUUAAGGAAUCGUUUCUUGGAGAUUCGUUCGAAUUGUUGCUGGCAUUGUGGGCGAACGGUGAAGACUCCUGGGGCCAUCGUGCACUGAAUUUCACGGUUCAGAGAAAUUCAUGUCUAUCCUCCUCUCCCACUCUUGUACUUGUUGGACUUGGUGUGAUCACCUGGAAAACAUUGCCACCAACUUCAGAAACUCGAAGAAACCGCAUUUUAUUUGGCUGUUGCAAGGUUCGAUCAAGGAAGAUUUGUUGUCAGAACAUUAUCAUUUUGCAACAAAUCGGGCCAUUGACGAAUAUAACAAACUUGCAGAGACAAUCUUCAGCUACGGGAUUCCAAACUUGUCUGUACUGAGCGUUAAUCGUCUACUACAGAAACAUUUUGGUCUUCCCGAGUCCCAUUCGACAACUCGUGAGCUGGAUCACUAAACUGUUCUGGAAUUUCCAGUGUAACCGGGCAUUGCAUUCGAGAACUGCGUUGUGCUGUGUCCCACCAGAACCUAUGACCAAAGUCCAGUUCCGCGUUCUUCUUCUCGUUGCCUCAUGUACCCUGCUCGCUCUGCUGUGUCUUUCAUCUCGG